UUAAGAUAAGAUCACAGAAACCACAGCUAACUCACUUCCAAAACUUGACACAUUACUGGGAGACAGUAUUGUAUGGACAAUAAAUGUGGAACUGAGUGUGAUCAUAUGUUUUUCUGUAUGGUAGCAGCUUAUAUUCUAAGAGCUAUAGCCAUAUACAGUAUGUGCACCAAGUUAAUGAAACCUACUGGGACAUCAUAUGUAUAGCAGUAGAGCUCUUGAGUCUUUCAAAUAUCACCUUAAUAGGAAACUCAUGCCAACUAUGCUAGAGCUGGUUCUUCAGUAAGAAUAAAAACAAUGACUGUGCAGCUUAAUUGAAGUGGAAAUAUGUGGUUAGGGUUGACACUAUGUAAGUUUAAUACCCUGUAUACCAAGAAUAAGACUUGACUGGUUACACAUUGAUUAUUCAUGUAUCAAAGAAGGAUUUGUAACUUACAAUAAGAGAUGCUUUUCAGUCUGCUAACCCUUGCUAUGUACUUCCACUCAAAGUAUGACAUACACUGGAUAUAUUCAAUCCCAAAGAAUUCUCUCUUUCCUACUCAAGAACUACUCUAUGUAAGAUGAACACUGAGGACAAGUUGGAGGGAAUGCUGCUGAAGUGCAGCAGUGGAGGGUUGGAUGGAGGAGGGAGAGUCGGGCUGGGCAGUGGGGGAGGUUUGGUGGUGAUGACCUUGGGGGAACGAUCUCUGGUAGACCACCCUCUGUUGGCCGAGGAUGACGACGAUGAAGAUGACGACGAGGACUUGACUGGCACCUCGCUGGUUACACAUGACCUUGUUCCUCCAGAUCAGCUGAUGAUGCAAGAGGAAAUGACAAAGAAUGGUAGAGGUGGAGCGGAGGAGGGCGGAGGAGAGGUGCAUUUCCCCCUAAAACUCACCAAUAAGUUGCCCUGCUUGCUUCAUAUGCCAUUGAGCAUCAAGCAGGAACUGAAACUCUCCGAGGCACCGGGCCAACUAAAGAAAAAAGCAGUUAAGGACCUGAUGUUGUGUCCCAAGAAGAAAAAAAGGAAGCAGCGUUCACCAGCAAAGAUUCUCAGCAUCAAUGAUGAUGGGUCAUUGGGCAUCCAAAGCCCCAAGUGUCACGUCUGUGUUCACUGUAAUGCUGCAUUCAGAACCAACUACCAUUUACAGAGGCAUGUCUUCAUUCACACAGGUGAGAAGCCAUUUCAGUGCAGCCAGUGUGAUAUGCGCUUCAUUCAGAAAUAUCUCCUCCAGAGACAUGAGAAGAUCCACACCGGAGAGAAGCCUUUUCGCUGUGACGAGUGUGGGAUGAGGUUCAUCCAGAAGUACCACAUGGAGAGACACAAGAGGACUCACAGCGGAGAGAAACCAUACCAGUGUGACUACUGCCACCAGUACUUCUCCAGAACAGACCGGGUUUUAAAGCACAGACGAAUGUGUCACGAGAACAGGGAGAGGAAGACCAACAAGGCAGCUGGUAAAGUGGGGCCUUUGCGUGAAGCAGAAACGUUGGGCAUCCCUUUUCUUGCCAAAGAUUGUUCACUGCCCAAGAAAAAACGACAAAAGUGUGCAGACAAGAGUUCCGAAGCUUCCACUGCUGCCCAGACAGACGGGCACACUGUUACUGUAGUCGAAACGGAGGAGAAGGAGGAGCAGAGACAGAAUAAAAUUGAAGGUCUACCUCUCUAUGCCGUGUCCUCCAAAGUCAAACAUGAGUAUGUGCUUGCAGACUUCUCUGUCGAACCUGGAGAAUCGGCUAGCCCACACCAAGAGGGAGAAGUGUCGUCGGAGGACACCACUCCUCCCAGACUAGUCCUGAAGAAAGUCCCCAAGAGGAGUCUCAAACAGUCCACUGAACAAACUGCUCCCUGCCUCUCCACUUUGUCUUCCUUUGAGGAGAAUACUAAGGUCACACAGUACACCUUUGAAAUCGUGGACAAGCAAGGCCUUUUAGAGGUAGAAAGCAACACCGAGCUCGAGUCAGUUGAAACUCUUCAAGAAGGACCAACGAAGCCAGCAGCUAGCAGCACAAACUACGACGAUGCUAUGCAGUUCCUCAAGAAGAAGCGCUACCUUCAGGCUGCGAUGGCCAACAACAGUCGGGAUUACAGCCUGAACACGAGCAGCAUUUCCUCCCAGCCGCCUGUCGCACAAACGGUGGUUUCCGCCGUCAUUGACGAGACUGUCCCCGCCACCAUCCUGGAGCCCCAGCCUAUCAGUGCAGACAUUAAAGCCACGCAUGACAAGAACGUGUUGCCAGACGAAGUUCUUCAGACGCUGUUGGACCAUUACGCCAACAAAGCCAACGGGCAAUCGGACAUUUCCUUCAGUGUGGCCGACACAGAGGUGACAUCGAGCAUAUCCAUUAAUUCCUCCAAUGUUUCAGACGGCAGCCCUGGGGAAAACAUUGGGGCCUCUAGCGCCCAGGCUCAGCCGGCUACCGAGAAGGUCAGCCUCUUGCAAGAAUACUCAAAGUUUCUCCAGCAAGCACUCGAGAGGACCAGCCAGAACGACAGCUACCUGACCAGCCAAAGCCUCAGCUUGGUCUCAGAAAACCCCACCUUAGCGGGACAACCUCUGUUCUCCACCGAGAAACAGUUUCCUUCCCCCAGCAGGUUCAAAUCAGGGAUGAGCUCUCCGCUUAGGUCCACUUUAGAGAAACCUCACUAUGGAUUACUCGUAGGGGACUCCCAACACUCGUUUUCGUUUUCAGGUGACGAGACCACCCCUCCAUCUGCUGUGUCUCCGGCUGAGGAGGACUUCCUGGAGCAGGUUUCGCCCUCCAAAAAGACAGACUCUUCUCAAGGCAUAAUUCAGACGUUUCAAAUAAGCUCCUUUGAUCAGAACUUCAAAUCUCAUUUCCAGACAUCAAGAUCUGGAUCCUCCUCACAGUUUACCGUUGCCAAUGGACAGUUAAGUCUCCGAGGACACAGCACAGAUUUCUCAGAGUUCCCCGUAGUCAGAGUCACCGAGACCAGGUCUCAACUGAACUCCUCCCCCGACGUCUCCUCCAGUGAAACCUUUGGCUGAAGAAUUCAUUUUUCUGUUCGUAAUUUCAGCGGCACUUUAUCUCCGGUCUCCUGUUCAUCCAAAACAAGUCCCAUUGCAACUAUGUCCUCUUUCUAAAAGUGUUUUGUCAUAAAAUUUCAUAUUUUUUGUUUUCUUAAGCGAAACCUCCUUCAAUGGAAAUACUUAUUCAAUCUUAAUUAGCACUUCCCCUGUAAAAAAAACAUGUUAGUUCUUGCUCCAGAAUGUAAAUUGAGAGACUCAUUGACCAAAGUGGAAUAUCCUCUGAUAGCAUCGCCACAGAAUUGAUGCUUAAGUCAAUUUGUUUGCCUUGCACACAAAAAAAAAAUCAUUGUCACUUUUGCUGCUUAAUGCAAUAUUUCCACUUGUUAAUAAUAGGCCCCUAUUUAUAUUUGCCUUUUUGCUCUUACUGUAGCUACCCUUCUUGCAGUUUAUCUGAUUAUAUUCAAUUCACUACUUACAAUCUUAACCCAGCCGUGUAACUCCUGUCAAAUUGUCUAAGAAAUGACAAAAUGAUAAGAUCAUAAAGAUGAAUUUAUGUUGAAGUCACUUUACUGUCACCUGAGAUGGGUGUACCCACAUGAUUUGAUUGUAUUCAUCUGAUAUGGAAUAGAAUUAUUUUCCAUUUGCAGAUCCGACUUGUUUUGUACAUUGGCCACAAAGAAGAAAUUGUAUUUCCAUUCUUAAAAAUGUUCCCUUUGUGGGUUAAUUUCUUGGCACAGCUUUUUUUCACACAGUAACCUUUGCAAAUGUUGGGCUGUAUUUGCUUUAAAACACAAACAAAAAAGAAUUUAGGUGUCAAACAGCUACAUUCAUGUAACGGUGGCCAGGUUAUUUUGCAGUAUGGAUGAGGUGAAAUAAGAUUACUUAAAAAGAUUGUGCUUUAUUCUUGCACAAUUUGCACAAUGUUUUAACUACAGGGAGUGUAGUUCAUCAUUUCAGAUUUGGGUCAUUUGAAAUAACAGAUGCCGUAGCUCUUGUAUUCUGCCGUUAAUAACACUUUGAUUGUUAGUUUUCUUAGAAGAUGCACACAUUUUUCAGGAAACAAUGUGAUUAGACCCCCCUUAAAUGAUCAUUAAGGCUAUAUUAUGAAAGAGUGUCCACGUGGAAAUGAGGUGCUUUGUUUUCAAGUUGUAUUAGUUUUACAUCUAUGCCUUUUUAUUUCUGUUAUAACAGGCUUUCCUUUACUCAUUCCUGUAUUUCAGUUUGUUAGUCAGUGUUGGCUAUGGCUACUAAUUCCUCUUGCGCAAUAACAACAAAAACAUAAGCUAUCAACAUAUUCAGACUGUAAUACGUUGAAAUAUGGGAGCUUUAUUUAUUUUUGCCCAUUAUAUUAUUAUAUUAGCAAGAAAUGGCUUCGUCUUAAGUUCUCAAACUAUUAUCUGUGUUGGGAUGGAAAAAGCAUUUUUUAGUUGACUGCUAGAAUCUUCAGUUUUGAGCUUUAUCACCACAUCUGUCCAGGCCUUGUUGAAAAGCGAUGGAGUGAGGGCUCAUCUGUACCUCAUCACACUGUUUAUUGUUUUCGAUGUGUACAUGAAUGCGUGAGGUGCUAUUGGGUAAAUCACUGUUUUAAUAUGCGGCAUCAAAUUAUGUUUGGAAGUUGGUGUUUAGCUCCCUCUUGUUUAAAUUCUACAGACAAUCAGGGACAGACUGCACCCACAUACAUCAUGAAAACAUGCUUUAUUUUUCCUCUUUGAACAUUCCCACAAGAAUGUAUAGAAAUUAUACUGCUGUAAAUACUUUGUAUAUUGUUAUGUUCUUCUGAGAAGUACUGUUAGAUCUUUGUGUCAAUAGAGAGGCUUGUGCAAGAGACACUUUUUGUCAGAGGAAGGCACAUCCAAAUGUUUUCCAGCAUUCUUUUAACAUCCAACAAGGAAUCCAUUUCACUUGCUGAUAAAGAUGUGGCUUUCUGAUGUUUUUGUGUAUCUCACCACUGUUAUAAAGACAAAAUUGGCACUUUCUUUACAGUUAAAUCAACUAGGUACAAUGAAUUUUAUAUUAUUUGUUGGUAAGUCAAUGCAGUUGAUUGUUCAUUAUGAUGGGAUUUGCUACAGUUAGGAAUGAAAGCCCUCACAGAGAAAAUGUUGAUUUGUUUUUUAGUAAUAUCCACCUGAAACCACUUUAUUUCAAGUAUCAAGAAGCUGUGGUUAGAGUGAAUUCAUGUCAGUUAAAAUAACAUUUGGGUGGAGUAUAAUUUAAAAGUCUUGUGGUUUAAAUAUUUCACUUGCUACCAAUUCCAUUGUUAGACAUUAUUGAAAGCACAGCGCAGUAAUACUGCUUCGGUUCAUUGUAUCCCAUUAAUUGAUCCUGGAGAAGUUUUCAUUCAGUUAAGCAAUUCAAUGUCCAGAACUGAAUAAUAUUCAUGAACUAUAUCAGCAGUACUUUUCAUUUUAACUAACCUGUCAGUAACCUGGCCAUAAGUGUCCUUGUAUAAGCUCCAGAAAAAUUGUUUUGUGUAAAAAGAUCUGAAUUAUUGAAUUUUUGAUAAAAACUAUUUUUGAAACAUGUCAUUUAAGGCACUGAUAUGUACAGUAUAUCAUAUGAAGUCACUAUUGCUACCCUCAUUUAUCUCUGUACAAGUUGUUUGUGUCAAAAUCAUUCAAUUGCUAAUGGGAAUCUCCUACUUGGACUUUGGCAGACUUUUCAUACUUUUAAAGCACUUGACGAGGAAGCCCUUCAGCUUCACUGUUAGGUCGUUCUUAAGUUGGACAGUAAGGUUUAAAUGCAUGGUCUCUAACUUGUUGGGUCAAGUGAACUUGUUUUAUGGUUAAUGUGCAGCUUUAUUUGUAGCUGAUUCAUUUCAGUCAAGUAACCCAUAUGAUUAGAUCUUUUGCUAUAUAUUAUGAUUUGUAAACAAUCUGAUUCAAUUGUUGUUUUGAUUGUUGUGUCAUGUCCUUAUAAAUAAAAUAAUUCACAGUA